CUUAAAUAAUUGUUUAAUAAUUAAACACACUUGUUUAAUUAUAUAAAGAUAAAUUAUGUCAUCGAGGGAAGAUGAUUUAAUUGUGUACGGUAGUGGUUUGUUAUGGGAUCCACCGAAAGUUAAUAUUGCAAAAUAUAUGCUUGAUAGUAUGAAAAAAUAUGGACCGCAAAUAACACUGAUUAACGCUGAUAAUGGGUACAAACAAACUUUUGAUGAGUUGCGUUUAUUAUCAGUACGAACUGCAUUAGAAUUGCGGACACGUGGUAUAACCAAAGGAGAUGUUGUAGCAGUUUAUAGUAAAAAUUACACUAUUUCACAGUUACCAUUUUUGGCAACAUUAUAUUUAGGUGCCACAAGUCUUCUAAUUCACAGUACAUACUCCUUAAAUGAAUUGAAAAUAUUUUUAAAUAAAGGAACUCCAAAAAUAAUAUUCUGUGAUGACGAUUUUGAAACAAAAGUAAAAAGUGUUAUCAACGAAUUAAAUAUGACAAAUCAAAUAGAAAUUAUUAAUCUAGAUAAAGAAUUCCGUACCUUUACCGAAGAAAAAUAUGGCGAACAUGAUUUUGAAGUUGUGGAUAUUUCUGAUAACGAUAUAGCUAUUUUGGCUGGCACAUCUGGUACUAAUGGAUUAAUAAAAGCUGUACCUUUAACAUAUCGAACAUAUUUCAUGUCAAUUAAUACGAUGUUUGAGGAAAUGAAAAAGGAAACAUGCGAGGAGACACUUUUAAGCUAUUCACCACUCUCUUGGAGUUCUGGAUUUAAAAUAUUAGCACAAAGCAUAAUUUUGGGUGCAAGACGAAUUGUAAAACCAAAUUCAAUUUCUGUAGUUAAAGUAAUAUCGGAAUAUAAGGUAACCGCAAUUUUAGCACCAGCAAGUCAAAUUACAUCAAUGAUUGGACAUCCAGAUUUCAAAAAAUACAAUAUCAGUUCACAAAUUAAGAAAUUAUUUUAUAGCGGUUCACCAGCUACCGUCGAACAAGCAAAACUAUUCCGUCAAACAUUCCCUAAUGCAUGGUGUUUUAACGCUUAUGGUUCAACAGAAAUGUGUGCAACAAAUGCAUUUUUCCAUGAGAAUGACAAAUUAAAUGCUGAAAAGCUUAAUUCAAAUGGAAAAUUGGUUAACAAUACAAAUGGAAAGAUUAUAGAUAUCGAGAAUGGUAAUAUCUUAGGUCGUAAUCAGAUUGGUGAAAUUUUGAUACAAAAUCCCUACAUGAUGAAAGGUUAUUGGAAGGAUCCGGAAUCUACUAGGUAUGCAUUUGAUGCAGAUGGAUGGUUCCAUACGGGGGAUCUUGGAUAUUUUGAUGAAGAUGAUUGCUUGUAUUGUACGGGUCGACUGAAGGAAACCUUCAAGUAUAAUGGUAUACAGGUAAACCCUUUAAUAGUUGAGGAUAUAAUUCAAGGAUGUCCUGGAGUACAAAGUGUCUGCGUUGUUGGUAAAAAAGACCCUAUCUGUAACAAUGUCCCAGUUGCAUUCAUUAUUAAAAGAAAAGGUUAUGAAAAUUUAACGGAUAAAGAAGUUUUAAGUUUUACUGAAGGUAAUUUUUUUUAACUAUUUUUCCAUGCAGUUCUACACAAAUUUUUACUUCUAUUAUGAACAGAGAUUGUUACAGUUCAGUGUAAGUAGUAGAAAAAGAGUACAAUAAAUGUAUAUAACUGAUGAUGUCCUAUGCACGGGUAUGCUAUUAAAGAGUUACAAACAAACAAACAUACAUACAAGUGAAGUUAUUAUAAGCGUAUUAAAAACCCCGCGCAUUUCACAUUGGAUUUGA